CCUGCACUGAGGCAUCAUUUUGUUACACUGGCUCCAGACCACACACUCAGGUAAGUAGAGACCUUUUAAUGCUAUUCAUGUUUUCAUAUGUGUGAUCGGCUGCAGCACCGACACGCCACCUCAGGAGACAUACCGUUUCAGGGUGAGGCUGAGAGCUGCAGACAGGCAGGGCGACGUCAGCUGAAACAGAGAGAGAGUAGGCGAAAGAGGAAGACUUUAUCUGAGUUUCAAAACGCGCACACACACAUUUCCCCCACAUCAGCAGUGUGUGAUUGAUGCCUCCACCAGCAGCACCUCACCUAUACGAGCAGCACCGUCCGCACUGCACACCUAAUCAGCUUUACUGGCCAGGUGUGCUGGACUUUGACCCGGGUGCAGCGGCUGUCGUUGUGUAUGGACACUGUUCUCCUGUAAGGCAGCGAGUGAACUGGAUAAGACUGAAACUGAAGAAGCAGAUAAACGGCCAAGCACGAACGUCUAAGGAUGUUGAACCAAUCAGAUUACGACUUUAAUGACACAGACUAUGAACUCAUUGGACCUUGUAGUUUCAGCAACAACCAAAGUGUGGAGAAGGUGGUCGGCCCGUACGUCCACUCCAUCAUCUGCAUCCUGGGCUUCAUGGGGAACAUUCUGGUGAUCAUCACCUAUGCCUUCUACAAGAGGACCAAGUCCAUGACUGAUGUCUACUUGCUCAACGUGGCCAUCGCAGACCUGUUGUUCGUGGCAGCGCUGCCUCUCAUCGUCUACAAUGAGCUGUCGUCCUGGUCGAUGGGGCCAGUGGCCUGCAAGCUGCUGCGCGGCUCCUAUAGCGUGAACCUAUACAGUGGCAUGCUGCUGCUGGCCUGCAUCAGCACCGAUCGCUACAUCGCCAUCGUGCAGGCCCGCCGCAGCUUCAGACUGCGCUCGCUGCCCUACAGCCGCUUCAUCUGUGCCGUCGUCUGGGCCUGCGCCAUCCUGCUGUCCAUCCCCACCUUCUACUUCUACAACUGGUAUGAACCGUCCCACAACAAGGAUGUAUACAUGAUCCCAGAACACGGGGACAAUCUGAACGAGAACGAUUACUUCUCCAUGGACUUCAGAGAGGGGACCGGUCUGACGUACAACAUGACCAAUGAGGAGGAGGAGGAGUCCUCCACGACGCCCCAGUACGUCUGUGAGUUCAGGUUUGCAGAUGACAACAUGGCCUGGAGGACCAAGGUGGCCAUCCCCAGCACCCAGCUGGCCAUCGGCUUCUUCCUGCCACUGUUUGUCAUGGUCUUCUGCUACACUGCCAUCAUCAUCACGCUGCUGAGGGCCAGGAACUUCCAGCGGCACAAGGCAGUGCGGGUGGUGCUGGCUGUUGUGGUGGUGUUCAUCAUCUGCCACCUGCCCUACAACAUCACACUGUUAUACGACACCAUCACCAUGUUCCAGCAGAGCAUAUGUGAAGCCUCAGACACCCUGCAGACAGCCAAGACGGUGACGCAGACCAUCGCCUACCUGCACUGCUGCCUGAACCCCGUGCUGUACGCCUUUGUCGGGGUCAAGUUCAGGAACCACUUCAGGAGGAUCUUCCAGGACCUGUGGUGUCUGGGGAAGAGGUACAUCGCCCCGCGCCGCUUCUCCAGGGUCACCUCCGAGAUCUACGUGUCCAGUCGCCGCUCAGUGGACGGAUCCAAUGAAAACGGUUCGUCUUUCACCAUGUGAGAAUGUCCGCAAGUUUGACCCGUGGACCAGAAACCCUGAAUCCAGAUAUCACUGAAGCUCAAGGUCCAAACUCGACUCUAGUCUGUAAAUGAUUUUGUAAUAAUGUGUCACUUCAAGCCGGGACAGGAUCAGAAGACAGAAUAAAUUGGAGGGUUCCAGGGGUCGGGUCAUCUGUGUGGAUGUCCCGCACAACAUGCAUCUACAGUUUUCAAGGUGAACUGCUGUGUAAACAUCUGUUCUCCUCCUCCUCCCUGAUGAAGAUCUUCUGAGGUCGAACCUGGUCAAUGCCUGAUCAUAUAAAGGCUUUUAAACAGAGAAGGUGUUCUUUGUCUUUGCUUAUCUUCAGGAGCCCCUCAAGGCCAUCUGGAUUUACCAGGAGCAUCCCACUGAGAACGUGAGGCCUCUCCGUCUGAUGCUUCAGUCUCUUGGAUAAUUCUCACUCAUUGCUCUGGACAGAGGCCGUGGCCUGUUCAUGCAGGUUGUCAGAAAAGGAUUCAGUGUCUUCAGUUUGAGUAACAUUUAGACAGAACAGGAAAAACCCAAAUAUUUAAAUCAAUUUAGGGGCUUCAUGUUUGGCUUUUGGUGACGUUUCCUGUUGGACCUCGGAUGAUUUACCUCUGCAGAUUUUGUCUCUUUAAAGUCAGUUUGCUGUCUGAAGAGUUUCAGGAUUAAAACCUGGAACUUUGCUGAGCGUUUAAUUUAUUUUCAAACGUCUGUUGAAACCAGAAGAGUGUGAACAGAUGAGGGCUUCAUAGUUUACCUGUUGACCUGUGUGAAACAUUGACUGAACAAACGGUUCAGAUUUUAUUCUCUUAAUGGUCUUUUUGACAUCCCUGUGAGCGGCCUCUGCUUUUCCUGUUCAUGUACCUGUGAUGUUUUUGUUGAUCAUUGUGAAUGUAGCAGCCUAUGACUGUACAGUUCCCAUCAUCCAUGCUGAACCUGUUGCGUCUUCAUGGCUCUGAGAUGUUAGAAUAAAUGUUGGUGUUUAAGUCAGAGUUGUUUUUUGUUUAGAAGCAACAGAGUUAAACUGUUCUAUCACUGUAAUUUGGUGGCUGAACACCAGAGGACACCAUACACAAAGAUGUUGAUGUAGUGGAGAGGUCUUACUCCUCAGCUCUG